AUGAGCCACCACCAGACAGCUUUGAAAAUGAGCGAGGAUUUCCUGUCAACAUACAGAAACCCCGCAACAGCUGUUGAUGUCAGAGGCCAGUCAGCCGUAGCUCAACGCAUUGCAACAAACAGGCAAAUCCUUAAGUCGAUAGCCUCCACUGUCCUGUUUUGUGGGAGACAAAACAUAGCUCUACGUGGCCACCGUGACGAUGCUACAAACCAAGAAAUUUCUACAAACAGAGGCAACUUCUGCGAAUUACUGAAGUUUAGAAUCGAAGCAGGGGACAACGUACUUGACUCACACCUGAAGACAGCCAGCAGCAGAGCAACUUAUAUCUCAAAAACAGUUCAGAAUCAACUGAUUACCAUCAUUGGAAACCAGAUCAGGGACACUAUCCUGGAUGAAGUGAGAAAGGCCAAGAUCUUCUCUAUUCUCGCAGACGAGGUCACAGACGUGUCAAACUGGGAACAACUGUCUUUAGUGGUGCGAUAUGUUGACAUGAACAAUGCUAUAAGGGAACAGUUUCUGUGCUUCCUGGAUUGUGAAUGCAUUACAGGCGAGGCUCUUACAAAGAAGAUCUGCGACACCCUUCAGGACUUGGAUCUUCCAAUUGAGAACUUGAGAGGCCAGGGCUACGAUGGUGGAUCUAACAUGGCUGGACAUGUGAAGGGUGUGCAAGGACGCAUCGAGGCCAUCAACGACAAAGCAAUCUACGUCCACUGUGCAGCACAUUGUCUCAACCUGAGCAUUGUGAAGGCGUGCCAGAUACCGGUGAUGAGGAAUAUGCUAGGAACA